AUAUAAUAUCAUUUGUUUUUCUUUAAUUGUUAUGACCUUAGUGCAUUCUUAUAUGUAUUUUAGAGCUUAUAAUAUUUCUUUGCAUAUAAAGGCACAUAUGGGCACUAAAGGUGAAACAUGUGAUCCUUGGUUUUCUCUUGGAAAUCAAGGUAAAGAAUUUGAAAGAGGGUAUACACAACAUAUCAAAAUACCUUCUUCAAUGGCUAGAAAUCAAGAAACUGAAUACAAGAAAUCUCCUUGUGGUUAUAACAACAUAAUGGGAAAUCAACAAUUUCAAUCUGGAAGCUCUUCUUUGAUGAUGCCUUUGAGUAUGAUGACACCUCAAGAAAAGAUUGAAAAACUAAGGAGGCGUCAACAAAUGAGGGCAUUGUUGGCUAUAUGUAAACAACAACAAGAGUUUAGACAAAAUUCAAGUAUCACAAGUUGUUCAAAUGAAAGCCAAAUUGAUGAAAAUUUAAGCACUCUUGUGAUGAACACAAGUUCAUUGGAAGAUGCCAUUUUACAUCAACUAGAAAAUGUCGUUUCAACGUUAGGCAUUCAAAUAAGGCUUUGUAUAAGAGAUAGUUUGUUUCGAUUAGCUCAAAAUGCUUUACAAAGGAAAUAUGUAAUUAGCUCCAAUGAACAAGUACCUAAUGUUGUCACUCAAGAAAGAUUAGGUGAAACAAAGAGCUCAGCAAGAAAGACUGAUGGAGAGACAAAGACAAAUCCAAUAGACCGCAUUGUGGCUCAAUUGCUUUUUCAUAGGCCACCUGAGUUAUCUGGAGAACAUCUGCAAUCACAAGGCUGAGUAAAAUCCUUUCGGGUACGAUUAUCUUGAAUAGUGGAAGCCUACACCUCAUUGAUUAUUUAAGUAUUGUAGAAUUUUCCUACUAUUCUAAAAAAAAAAAAGUAUUGUAGAAUUCGACUUAUUUCAAAAAGGUGUAUUUGUAUUUGUAUUUGUUGUGGAGAGGCGAAGCCACUUUACUUAAACUAUGAAGUUGAUUUUUGUUACGCGUAUAUGUCUUUUACUCGAUGUGUAUAACAUAGAAACUACAUAAUAGUUUUUGUGAGUGUUAAAUAUUUGUUAGACACGAUCGAUUUGAUGAAAUAUAUGUAUUUUUACCUAGUUGAAACUUGUAAGGUUUAUAAUAGGUUUUCAUUGAGGUCACUCAAAAAAUAAAGAGUUGAAAGUUUUUUUUAGGUCAUCUGGUAUACUUAUCACUGCCACAAAUGUGGUGGGGAUGUGGGGGGUCAUGUAGGAAUGUAAAAUAGUCCGGACUGGAUCUGAAAAAAACUUGAAAAUGAAUAAGCCGUGGACUAAGAAUUUAGAACCGGACUGAAUAUCACUAACUGGUUCUUGUUUAGUUUUUCAGUUAACAAGCUCAUCCCUAAUGUUAUGUCACUACUAUCUUAUAAUAACACAAACACCACAUGAGCUAGGUAUAAUUACUACUACAUUUUUUUCAAUAUAAAAAAAUUAAAUAAUGAAAUUGAAAAAACAAAUUUAAAAAUAUGAAGAAAUAGAGAUGUCUAAAAGGAAAAGUCAUCAAAUGCUUUUCAUUGGGUGUGGUCAGUUGUGAUGAGGACAACGAUGGACCACAUCACAACCACUACAAUGAACACGGGACGGUGUGUAUGAUAGUGGUGGGCUGUCAUAAUGACAACGAAGGUCUUUCGUGAAAGAUGUCGGAUAGUAUUAAUGCAAUUAUGUUUUCCGUUUUACAUGAUUUAUGGAACAAAACUGGUUUUCUACAUGAAAUAUGCAACUACCUUUUGUUUUAGAAUCAAAAUAUGCAACACUGGAACUGGC